GUAGAAGAGACUCACACAACACACAGAUUAAUACACAGAGCCCGAAAACAAGCCCAGCAACUUCAGACCUAUCCGAAACCGAAGUCAACAUGCUGCUCACGCUGCUGCUGGUCUCCACGGCGGUGGCCACCCCUCUGCUUGGAACCGAACAGUGUGCUCGUGGUCCUCCUUACUGGUGCCAAAACGUUAAGACUGCCUCCCUUUGUGGUGCUGUCUCUCAUUGCCAACAAAAUGUCUGGAACCAGCCUCAGAUGAAAUCUGUGCCAUGUGACCUGUGCAAAGAGGUGCUGGUUGUGGUGGACCAGCUGCUAAAGGACAAUACUACAGAGACUGAGGUUCUUAGCUACCUGGAGAAAGCCUGUCAGCUGAUUCCAGAUGAGAGUCUUGCUGCUGAGUGUAAAGAGAUGGUGGAUAGUUAUUACCCCAUCAUAAUGGGCAUCAUUAAAGGAGAGCUGGAUGACCCAAGUGUGGUGUGUGGUGCUUUGGGCCUGUGUGUGACCCAGCAGGUGGCGCUUGCCAAAGCUCAACUACAAUCUAAUGAGAUUCCCCAGGUGGACCUGUCCCAAAAGGUUAGCCCUUUCAUCCUCAAUGUGCCUCAGCUGCUUUACCCUCAGGAGAAGAAGCCUGCCAAAGAGCUGAACAGCGAUGUGUGCGACGACUGUGUGAAGUUUAUCACUGAUGCCCAGCAGGAGGCAAAGCAGAACGCUACUUUUGUCAGCUCUAUGAUUGAACAGAUUGAAAGCCAGUGUGACCUGCUUGGGCCUGGCCUCGCUGACAUGUGCAGGCAGUACGUGAGCCAGUAUGCUCCUCUUAUCGUUCAGCAGCUCAUGUCUAUGCAACCCAAAGAUAUCUGCUGCCGGGCUGGCUUCUGUGCUUCCACCAGCCCUAAAUCAACACCCAUGCUGUCACUGGUUCCUGCCAAAUCCAUCCCUGCUGUCAAAAUGUUCCCUGCCACCAAAGUUGUAGAGGCAACCUCAACAAAACCAGCCAAGAAGAUGGUGCGUGCCCGUGAGUCUCCUCAGUGUGCUAUUUGCGAGUUUGUGAUGAAGGAGCUUGAGGAUAUGAUCCAGGGUCAGACCACUGAGCAAGAAGUUGUGCAAGCUAUGGAGAAAGUGUGCAACAUUCUCCCCUCCACCCUUACUACUCAGUGCAAGGACCUGAUUGAGACCUAUGGCCAGGCAAUCAUCGAGCUGCUUGUACAGGAGGCUGACCCGCAGACCAUCUGCACUUUGCUUGGGCUGUGCAAGGGAGCCAAACGUGCUUUUAUUCCUGUAAUGGAGAAGGCACAGUUUGAGGCUGGUGGAUUCUGUGACGUGUGCAAGAUGGCUGUGCGUUACGUUGAUGGAAUUCUGGAGAAGAAUGCCACUGAGGCUGAGAUCGAGGAAGCCGUAAAAAAAGUCUGCAACUUCCUGCCUGACGAAUAUAAGACUCAGUGUGACCAGCUGAUUGACCAGUAUGAGCCCCUGAUUGUUCAGCUUCUGCUCCAGGCCCUUGACCCUGAUUUUGUCUGCACGAAAUUGGGUGCCUGUCCUGAGACACUGCGUCGGCUGCUGGGAAUAAACCAGUGCAGCUGGGGGCCGUCAUUCUGGUGCAAGAACAUAGAGACUGCCACCCGCUGUAACGCGCUGGCCCACUGCAGGCGUCACAUUUGGAGUUAGAGGAGCACUGAAGUUAAAAAGUGAACUGACUGGGAGUUAAAGGAGAAUUUCUGUAGUGCUGUUUCUCUCGUUAAAAAAAAUCAAUCCUUUCCCUUUGUGUCUUGAAAGGUGAAACAAAUUACUUUCUAUCAAAACUAAUUGAAAAGCUAGCUACCGCUGAACUGACUGCGCAAGAGGAGUUGGUACAGGGAUGGAGAGUGAGGGGAGGGACUUUGACAAAAGUUGUAUAUUUUAUUGAAUCUAGCAUCAACUGCUGACUAAGUUUUUGAGCUGUUUUUAGUGUUUCUUUUUGCCCUUUAAACAUUUGUUUUUAGUUUGUACGCUUAUUAGUCGAAUAGGGAAUUGAGAAUGGAAGAUAGCUGUGCCUAGAUAGAAAACAGUUUGAGAGAUUUUUAACUGUUUGAGAUUAGGACUUGGGACUCUUUACCACCUUGCAACUGUAAACAAGGUAUGUAAGGAAAAUGCUAGGCCUGUGGGUUAGGUGUUUUUUUUUGUUUUUUUAUGGUGUGAUCAACUGUCAUGCAAGUUUAUAGUAAAUAUUUUGUAAUCAUUUAUCUGUUUGAGCUUUAACAGGACUGUCGAAUGAACUUCCCAAACACAUGCCGUUUUUGUCUGUGUGAUUGCUCCUCACUGCUUUUUGAUUAAGGUUGCUUUAUUGUUAAUACUGAAAUCUGUCAUUUUAAUGGAAAUUAAACAAAUCUAAAUCUA